CUCCAAAGUCCAAACAAGCCGCGGCCCCCUCUCUCUCUCUCUCUCUCUUUCUCUCUCGCUGGCCAGAUCUCGGAAAGAUGAUGCACUGGGUUCUAUAGAUGCUGUCAAUCUCAUAACAGACUCAGUGUCAAAAUUAGACAUUAGCACAGUAGAAGCCCAGAUGAAACCAAUUGCUGAGCAAUCCGCUGUUUUAGGCAUUUCGGAGUGCAAGUGUGGAAUGCCAUUGUGCAUUUGUGAAGCUCCAGCUCCACCAAGAGAUAAACUUACCUCGCAGAUCAAAACUACUUCCACUUCAACAGUACUAUCAUACCCAAAGCAAAAGAAGACAGACACUCCGAAGAGUGGAGGUUCUACGUCAAACAGCAAGCAUAGUACAAUCUUUAAUUAUGGACAGGUUACUGACAGUAGUUUGGAAAAGUCGCUUAUGGAGUAUGAAGUUAAUGGAGAGGGAUUGAGAGAAGCAAUAAAGAAUGGGGACACUGCUGCUGUCAAGAAGCUUCUGAGUGAGGGAGUCGAUGUAAAUUACUGUGACAAGCAAGGAUCGUCUGUGUUACAUCUGGCAGCAGUUUUCAAUAGAACAGAUAUCGCUUUGGCCCUUAUGGAAUGUGGGGCAAGUCUGGACCACAAGAAUUCACAGGGGGAAACACCGGUAGAUUGCGCUCCUGCCACAUUGCAAUUCAAGAUGAAAAAUAAGAUGGAAGAACUUGAGCAACUGGGCCCACGUCCCAUAAUCUGAGUACAAAAUUUGCUUUCUACAUUUGCCUGUGCCACCCUGUUAUUUGUUCAUGGAAAUCACGAUUGCAACCCAACUUUUGGAUGUGGCCGUGGCAAUGAGCAAACAUCUGGUGAUAGAGAAUAUGAAAUUAUGUCCAGCAGUGUAUUUCAAAAUGUUCCAUUCCCUCCCCUGGAUGGAGGUUGUUGCAAGUUAUUAUAACAUCCAUGGAGGCCUAUUAUAGCUAAAGAUGUUACUCAGUCAUUCCUUUUGCACUCGCCCCUCUUGUUCUUCCAUUUUUCAUGUGAUGGGGAUUUUUUUUUUAAAAUAUAAUUUUGUGGGGGUUUGGCGGCUCAAAGGACUUGAAAAGUAACUAAUUACAUAGGGAUGCUGAUAAUGCCUUCCUAUUCAGACCAAGUGCUUUUUUUCGACUCCAUUUAUUAGGUUACAUCGCGUGACAGUGUUAACAUUGUGUAACUUAACCGUUACAUCUAAUAU